AUGGGUAUCUCACCUUGUGAACCUGACCGCAAGUCUGUCGAGUACCUUCAGCAAUACCAAGAGACAUCUAUUGAGUACGACAACGGAAGGUAUCAUGCCAAACUACCAUGGAAGCAAGACCACCCUGCUCUACCAACAAACAACAACAUAACCUUGAAGAGAACUGAUGGGACUAUUCAGAGGUUGCGCAACGAACCGGAAGUGCUUCGGGCAUAUGGUGACAUCAUAGCAGAGCAGGAAAGACGUGGCUUCAUCGAGCGGGUACCACUUGGUCAAGAGUCAGCUGAACAAGUGCACUACAUCCAUCAUCACCCAGUGAAAAAAGAAUCAUCAACGACACCCCUACGCAUCGUCUACGAUUGUAGCUGCCGUCAGUCACGUGAUUCACCAAGCUUGAACGACUGCCUGGAAUCAACGCCAACGGAAUUGAACGAGCUUACUUCGAUUCUUGUUCGUUUUCGGUUGAAGCAGUACGCUGUAUCCACAGAUAUAGAGAAAGCUUUUCUGUACGUCGGGCUACACGAAAAGGAUCGUGACAUGACGAGGUUUUUCUAG